AUGCCACCAAGUGCUCUCGGACUGCCCUCAUCUAUGACACUAUCCAGCUCCGCGGAGACGAACUGGCCGCAGCCUCUCACGAAUGCGCCCGAAUGGUCACCUGAGCGUUUGCCAGAUGGUAGUACAUCUCCAUCUGAACCCAGAGAAACAUCGCGUAGCGAUAUUGGCGAGACCUCAGGUGGCCUAAGGAGCUCUGACGAAUAUCUCGAGGCUUCCGUCAGGCGGAAUAGCUCAAGAUACAAGACCUCUUUGAGUGCGGAAGGAGGCCAGGACCAAACACUCAGAUCAGAAGGAGAUAAGGGUAAGGGGCGACGAAACAAGAAGGAGAGGAGGAGGCAACAUGAAUGCUUGUACUGCCCUAAGACAUUCGACCGUCCUAGCAGUCUCGCAGCGCACAUAAAGACCCACACUGGUGAUAAACCGUUCAAGUGCGACCAUCCCGGGUGUGGCAAGGAUUUCGCAGUUCGUUCGAAUCUGACCCGACACCUUCGCAUGCAUGGCAUCGUGCCGGACACGCGCGAUGAAGAGUUCUCCGUCAGCUUCGACAAGCCUGUUGUUUCGUAUGACGUACACUCAUCCGCCUCCCCCGGGCCCUCCAAUCCCACCAGCUUCGAUUGGAUCCAAAACAAGGCAUCGCGCUCGGACUUGGGAUUGGGGAACAGAACGUCGGUUCCCACUCAGAUGCGUCAGGGGAGACCACCGCGGGCACCAGCCAGCAACGUGGCGGGCCCGUCACGGCUCGGACCCCACCCUAAUACCAAGGAUGACAUGCAUGCGACGCAGUAUGAAAGUGCAGGCGUUGAAGACGAUACGGACGAGGGCGAGGUGAAAGACUAUGAAGAAUGCGAGGGAGAUGGCGACACACAGCACUGAGGCCACGGCACAUAUCACACUUUGGGGUUGAGUGGAGACAGUGCUGGGCAGGCAAAAGUAAAUCGCUUCCCGUAAAACCGCCGUCGAUAGAGCUGGCUCAGGUUGUCCCCGAUCAGCAAAGCUAGCCUUAGGUUACCGAUACCUCCCUGCAAUCAUCUCUCUUACCAUGCCAUUCCGAGGCCUUUUCCGAUUUUACCGACGCACUUCUCAGCUUGUUCAGACGACCAUACUAUACAGCGUCCGCACUAACGGCAUGCACUCGAAUUAUUAGAUUUACGUUACAUUCCCGACUUCGCCAUAUAUAAGUCACACUAGAGCACAAUUUGCAUUAACGAUGAAGUAUG